GAGAGACACUUCUCUUAUCCUCUCACCUUCUCGCUUGGCGCCGUUGCAGAGAGAUCAAAACAAACAUGGGAACCGAAGACGACCGGAUUAGACCGGUUCAUGAAGGCGACGGUGAACCGCUUUUCGAGACCAGGAGGAAAACCGGAAGAGUGAUUGCGUACCGGAUUUUCUCAGCCUCGGUUUUCGGGUGUAUUUGUUUGAUUUGGUUCUACAGGAUGACCGUACCGGUAGAGAUUGGUGAGAACCGGACCGGUUUGGAUCGAUUGAUAUGGUUGGUUAUGUUGGUGGUGGAGAUUUGGUUCGGUUUCUAUUGGGUAGUCACACAAGCUUCCCGGUGGAAUCCGGUUUGGCGUUUCACUUUCUCCGAUAGACUCUCCCGGAGAUACGGAAACGAUCUUCCGAAGCUCGACGUUUUCGUUUGCACGGCGGAUCCGGUGAUUGAGCCGCCGUUGUUGGUGGUCAACACAGUCUUAUCUGUCGCGGCUCUUGACUACCCACCGGAGAAACUCGCCGUGUAUCUCUCAGAUGACGGUGGUUCUGAGCUCACGUUCUAUGCUCUCACGGAGGCGGCUGAGUUUGCUAAAACUUGGGUUCCCUUCUGCAAGAGGUUCAACGUUGAGCCAACAUCUCCGGCCGCUUACUUGUCUUCCAAGGCAAAUGGUCUUGAUUCUACGGCUGAGGUGGUGGCUAAGUUGUAUAGAGAAAUGGCGGCGAGGAUUGAAACGGCGGCGAGACUCGGACGAGUACCGGAGGAGGCCCGGUUGAAGUACGGUGACGGGUUUUCGCAGUGGGAUGCUGACGCUACUCGAAGAAACCAUGGAACCAUUCUUCAAAUUUUGGUAGACGGAAGAGAAGAGAGUGAAAUAGCAAUACCAACGUUGGUUUAUCUAUCGAGAGAGAAGAGACCUCAACAUCAUCAUAACUUCAAGGCUGGAGCCAUGAACGCAUUGCUGAGGGUUUCUUCGAAAAUCACCGGUGGGAGAAUCAUACUAAACUUGGACUGUGAUAUGUACGCAAACAACUCAAAGUCAGCACGCGACGCGCUCUGCAUCCUCCUUGAUGAGAAAGAGGGAAAAGAGAUUGCUUUCGUGCAGUUUCCGCAGUGUUUUGACAACGUUACAAGGAAUGAUUUGUAUGGAAGCAUGAUGCGAGUAAUAUCGGAUGUGGACUUUCUUGGACUGGAUGGAAAUGGUGGUUCGUUGUAUAUCGGAACUGGCUGCUUUCACAGAAGAGAUGUGAUCUGUGGAAGAAAGUAUGGAGAGGAAGAAGAAGAAGAAGAAUCUGAGAGAAUUCAAGAGCCUGAGAUGGUGAAGGCUCUCGCGAGCUGCACUUAUGAGGAAAACAGUCAAUGGGGAAAGGAGAUGGGUGUGAAAUACGGUUGUCCGGUAGAGGAUGUAAUAACUGGUUUGGCGAUUCAGUGUCGCGGAUGGAAAUCAGCGUAUUUGAACCCGGAAAAGAAAGCUUUUCUCGGGAUAGCGCCGACUAAUUUGCAUCAAAUGCUUGUGCAGCAGAGGAGAUGGUCAGAGGGAGACUUUCAGAUUCUGCUUUCAGAGUAUAGUCCGGUUUGGUAUGGAAAAGGAAAGAUCAGUUUAGGACUGAUACUUGGUUACUGUUGCUAUUGCCUUUGGGCUCCAUCUUCAGUACCUGUUCUUAUUUACACUGUUUUGACUUCUCUCUGCCUCUUCAAAGGCAUUCCUCUGUUUCCAAAGGUCUCGAGUUUGUGGUUUAUCCCGUUUGGAUAUGUCACUAUCGCAGCUAACGCCUAUAGCUUAGCCGAGUUCUUGUGGUGCGGAGGGACGUUCCGUGGAUGGUGGAACGAGCAAAGGAUGUGGCUUUAUAGAAGAACAAGCUCGUUUCUUUUCGGAUUCAUGGACACGAUUAAGAAGCUACUCGGGGUUUCGGAGUCUGCGUUUGUGAUCACAGCGAAAGUAGCAGAAGAAGAAGCAUCAGAAAGAUACAAGGAAGAGGUAAUGGAGUUUGGAGUGGAGUCUCCCAUGUUUAUCCUCCUAGGAACACUCGGUAUGCUCAAUCUCUUCUGCUUCGCCGCAGCGGUUAUGAGACUUGCUUAUGGAGACGGUGGAGAUUUUAAGGCAAUGGGCUUGCAAUUUGUGAUAACAGGAGUACUAGUUGUCAUAAACUGGCCUUUGUAUGAAGGUAUGUUGUUGAGGAAAGACAGAGGAAAGAUGCCAAUUAGCGUGACAGUUAAAUCAGUUGUUUUAGCUUUAUCUGCCUGCACCUGUUUAGCGUUUUUGUAAGGAUUAAGAGACAACACUAAUGACCAGCAGUUAUAUGUAAUUUUCUUAUCUCAUUUUGCUACUAAAAUGGAUAGCAAAUA